AUGGCACUUGAGCCGCGAAACGCGCGUGUCUUUGAGGAGAGCAUUCUGGCACACAGAUCAAACAGUGUAUUAAGGCAGCAGAGAAUACGCUUGACAACAGCCGCACGUGACGAGGUCUUCCGAGGUCCCAUCAUCGUCUCCGAACCGCCCUCUAGCGUUCUCUUCACGAACUCCACGGGCGUCUCUCUACCCUGCUACGCCUUCGGUCACCCGCCGCCGGAGAUCCGCUGGUACGCCGCGGACGGUGGCGCCGUCGUGCAGGAUAUAGCCGGACUGCGACGAACGACCAGUAAUGGGACGUUGGAGCUGGAACCGUUCGACACGCGCUACUACCGUGCCGACGUGCACGCGACCGUGUACCAGUGCACGGCGACGAACAGUGUCGGCGUGGUGCGCAGCCGACGCGUGCACGUACACGCAGUGAUCAAGCAGACGUACGAGGUGACGGUUAACGACAAGGAUGCGAUCAAGGGCAACACGGCCGUCAUGAAGUGCGAGAUACCGACGUUCGUGCAGCAGUAUGUGCGGGUAGAGUACUGGCUGCGGGGGUCGGAGCGCAUCGAACCAGGUGGCAGGUACAGCGUGUUCGCUCACGGCGAGCUGCACAUCAGGAACGUGAGGCGUGAUGACGUCAUCUUCUCGUUCCGCUGCGUCACGCGUCACGCGCUGACGGGCGAGGAGGUGACAAGUUACGGAGCAGGCCGCCUGAGGCUGCGAGACGUGAUGAGUCUGCGACCUGCAAUUGUCGACAUCGCCACGACGGUGUCGGUCAAAGUUCACAACGACGUCGAGCUGCCGUGCGCCGCCGAGGGCUCCCCCGUGCCCACCUACCGGUGGCUGCGCGACGGAGCGCCGCUAGAGGUCGCUGGUCGCUUCGGUCAGCAGUCGGGGAGUUUGUUCGUGAGGAAUGCGACGUUGGCCGACGGAGGAAAGUACGUGUGCGAGGUCGAGAACCGACUGGGCGUCGCCGACGGAGAGACAGAGCUGAUUGUUACAGAGCUGCUUUCCGUCUACCUUUCGCCUCAAUCGCAAACCGUCGACCUCGGCUCGUCGGCCACUCUCAACUGCACCAUCUACGGAUAUCCGGUGACGGCCGUGUCGUGGCUGAAGGACGGGUAUCCCCUCGUCGACGAGCCGGGUCACGUGAGCGUGUUGUCGACGCAGGUGCAGAUAGUGGCGAUGCAGCGGCAGGAUAGGGGCAUGUAUCAGUGCUUCGCCGAGAACGACGAGACGUCCGUGCAGGCAACGGGCGAAAUCAAGCUGGGAAUCGCUACACCGCAGCUGCACGCCACCUUUGAGGAACAGACCCAUCAGCCUGGCGCCUCUGUACACCUCACCUGCGUCGCCUCUGGAAACCCAACACCGGAUAUCGUCUGGACGCUCGACGACGUCGCCAUGCCAACCUACGACCGCUUCCGGGUCGAGACGAAGGUCACGCCUCGAGGUGACGUCAUCAGUUCGGUUAACGUCACGAACAUGAGGGUAGAAGAUGGCGGCGAGUAUCGGUGUCACGUGACGAACGAGCACGGACAGGUGGCGCACUCUGCCAGGAUGAACGUGAUUGGCGCGCCGUUUAUACGUCAGCUGAACAACGUGACGGCCGUGGCCAAUCAGGACCUCGUAGUCAGGUGUCACGUGGCUGGGUAUCCUAUAGAGUCGAUUACGUGGGAAAUCGAUGGCAUGAAACUUCCGCUCAAUCACCGCCAGCACGUGACCAAAGAUGGCACCCUGCGCAUAGCGAACAUACAACUGAGCCAGGACACGGGAACGUACACGUGCAUCGCUCGCAAUCCGCAGGGACAGGGCAUGCGCAGAAGCACCUACGUCGCCGUGCAAGUUCCUCCGGUCAUUGAACCCUUUCACUUUCCGGAGCUGAAGCAAGGACAGCGCGCGCGUCUCACAUGUGUCAUCUCAUCCGGAGAUCUUCCUAUCACCAUAAGGUACGACAUAUAG